AUGGACAGUGAAUUCUUGGAGUACGUUAGGGUUAAUUUACUACAGAACAUAGAGGAAGUUUUGAGAAGGAUGGUGUCUUUCAAGUAUGGCUUGGAAGCUAAACUCAUCUGUGUGAUUGUUUCUGAAGUGCUGCUGUUCAUAUCCUCAAGAAAAGAAGAUGUAAGUUCUGCCUAUGAUAACGUCAACAAAGUUCGAGUUGCUAUAAAGAAAAUCAGUCCUUUUGAGCAUCAGACGUAUUGCCAGAGAACUCUGAGAGAGAUUAAGAUCCUACUGCGCUUCAGGCAUGAGAAUAUUAUUGGAAUAAAUGAUAUUAUCCGAGCUCCGACUAUUGAACAGAUGAAAGAUGUAUACAUUGUGCAAGAUCUUAUGGAGACAGAUCUUUACAAGCUCUUAAAGACUCAACACCUCAGCAACGACCACAUUUGUUAUUUCCUUUACCAGAUUCUGAGAGGGUUAAAAUAUAUCCAUUCAGCUAAUGUGCUUCAUCGUGACCUCAAACCUUCGAAUUUGCUGCUUAACACCACUUGUGAUCUCAAGAUUUGUGACUUUGGACUGGCUCGUGUAGCAGAUCCAGAUCAUGAUCACACAGGAUUCUUGACAGAAUACGUGGCCACACGUUGGUACAGGGCUCCUGAAAUCAUGCUGAAUUCUAAGGGUUACACCAAGUCUAUUGACAUCUGGUCAGUAGGCUGUAUUCUGGCAGAGAUGCUCUCCAACAGACCUAUCUUUCCAGGAAAACACUACCUUGACCAACUGAACCAUAUCCUCGGUAUACUUGGAUCCCCUUCCCAAGAAGAUUUGAAUUGUAUAAUCAAUUUUAAAGCCAGAAACUACUUGCUUUCCCUACCACACAAAAAUAAGGUACCAUGGAACAGGCUGUUUCCGAAUGCUGAUCCCAAAGCACUUGAUUUGUUGGAUAAAAUGUUGACCUUUAAUCCUCAUAAGCGGAUUGAAGUGGAGCAAGCUUUAGCCCAUCCUUAUCUGGAGCAGUAUUAUGAUCCAAGUGAUGAGCCUGUAGCUGAAGCACCCUUCAAGUUUGAUAUGGAGUUGGAUGACUUGCCGAAGGAAAAGCUGAAAGAAUUGAUUUUUGAGGAAACUGCUAGAUUCCAGCCAGGAUAUCGAUCUUAAAUUGUGCAUAGGACAAGGACUUAAAGGACUGGGCAUGCUCAAACGUUGCUGUUCCUCUUCCCAGUUCUUUAUUGUUGGUCAUGUCUUGUGGCCUCUCUCAGCUUAUCCACUAACUCCUUUGAGCCAUUCAGGAGGGCAGUUCCUGGUAGUUUUGGCUUUUCAUGCUUUCAAUGAAUCUUUUAAGCCUGAAGAAUUGUAAUUGACACUCCUAUGCGUAAUGCCCAUUGUUGACCUGUUGCAGUACUGUACUGUAAGUGCACCUACUGCUGGCCGUAUUUUAACUGCUUGCUUUCUGGUUUGAAAGAUGCAGUGGUUCCUUUCACUCCUGGAUCAAUAUCCAAGAAGAUAAUUCAUUAACCUUUAAGAAGUUUACACCAUGAACUAUGUUUUUCUGACUUUACUGAAGUCGCUGGCAUUUUUUUUAGAAAAGCUACUAUUCAGGGCACUUUAAGUCAGUGACAUCCCAGAUUUUUUUUGCACUUCCUUUUUAAAUAUAAAUGGUUAGCAUCCAGCGGAUUUUAUACCAUUAUGCUAUGGAUUACCGCAUAAGUCCUGUUCAUGUUAAUCUUGCUUAUGCACUUGUUUGGGUGUCCUGUGCUGCACAUACAGGUAUUCUGUACAGCGUAAGAGCCACAUAGGAACCCAACUUAAUUGAAUUCAUCUAAGAAACAUUUUUUCCAUGUAUUGACAAAAUUAGUACCUUUUUCUCCCCGCCUUUUCUAAAAGAGAUCAUUUAAAGUUUAACCAUGUUGGAGGCGUAGUACUUCCAAAGUUCAUACCAUGUAGUAGUGUUUAUAAGACUUGUGCAAAGAGAAUGAGCGGCAGCUCGCCAACUUAUAUUUGCUCACCGUGUGGUGGAAGAUUAACAAAGAACAUAAUGGCAUGAUGACCUAACGGUGAAUGCUUUUCUCUGUGGAAGGCAUCCAUAUGUGGUGGCAAGCGAGAAACCAAAAUAUGAAGUUAAUAAACUCAGUCUACAUACUGCAUACUAAUGAAAUGCUUCAAAUGAGGAUUGAUAGUUUUUACAUUUGAAUCUAAUCACUGACAUUCAGAAUUCUUGCAGAGAGGAACACUGCAUCUUUAAAUGAGAAAGUUUGAUUUUACUUUUGCUCCUACAGCAUGUCAGCAUCUCAAGUUCAUUUCUUGCAACCUACACUAUGGUGAUUUGUAAUCAAGCCUCCAUGAGCUCGUGACAUGAAGUACUGUUCUGUUGUCAAGUACUAUCAAACUUUUCUGAUAAUGCUGAGUUAGGACAACCAAACAAAGCUAGCACUAAAUAAUGUUUAAAAUUGUAUACCUUUUAAUGAUCUUUUCAAGUAUUUGUUACUGAAAUUGUAUAAUGUGGAGUUUACUAGGUGUUAUGUUCCAGUGCAGUGCCUCCUUUUCUUUCCCCACUGCUCUCUGUGGUGAGAAAUUUGCCUUGUUUAAAAUAAUUACUGUGCCCUCGCAUGACUGUUAAAGCUUUCUGUGCAAAGAUGAUUGUCUAAGUGCCACAUGCCUAUGAUUGAGAAAAAAAAAUAAUCUAUUGUUACCUCUGAGUUGUGUUCAACUGAAAUGCUAUUCAACAAAUAACUUAGGAAAAAUAGUUCUAUUUUUAGCUUUUCAUAUCUCUGCUGUCUUUUUCUCAUUUUAUUUUGGCAGCAGUGAAGAAUGGAUUGUAUAAAGACUGCUUGCUAAUAUGAACAAAAUGCACUUGUAAUUCCUGGAAAUAAAUUUAAAUCUUAUAUCUUCACAUUAACAUUAAGAAUUAGUUUUUGGUUUCCUCUUGGGUAAUGUGUUUGAAUGGAAAUCAGGUUCAGUUGCUACUGUAGUAUAUAAGGAUGCUUGCUGGUUAAUAACUCCAGGCUUCCUCAUACCAUUUAUUCUGCUCUUCAAAGAAACCUAGAAAGCCAUUAACUUAGACUUCUAUAGAUAAGGGUGCUUACAAGAUUCCAUUUCAAAAUUUUCUUUUUCCUAUAGUUUAAGUGUUAGUCUGCCAAAACUAAUUUUUAAUAAGCAAGGGUUCAUCAUUAAAGGGCAUUUUCUAUUAGGAACUUCCUGUGGUACAUAAAUCUCUGUUGCGGGGAACAUAUUAGGAGCAUUGUCAGGACGCUGCACAAGUGAUCAUUGGAUUGUGGUAUGGAACCUAUGCUAAAAACAUUUCUAUAGAAAUAUGCACUUGACUGUUGAUACUAGUGUAGAAAUUUCUCUUGACAUUUCUACGCAUCUUUACCAAAAUACUUUUCUCACUCAGUUUUGAGAAGUUGAAAAAUUUCUAGGAUCUCUGCUACUUGUAUGAUCAUCACUACAGGAAUCAUUUUUGGCAUGGUUGGAAAGAUGACUGUUACUGAAAUUAGUUUGUA